GUGCCGAAAGUUCAACAUACCCUCACGUGAUGCUGGAAGUUCAAUCACGGCGAAUGCCGAUUUGCCCCCGUCGAGCUGCUGGCGAACGUCUGGACCCCAACCUUGCCUCAAGCUCAUCACGGCUCGUCGCCCCCUUAUUGACGCUGCCGUUACGUGCAAGCUCGUCAGCGGCGCAUCUACCACUGCGAGCACAAAGCAGCGCAAAGCCAUCAUGAUCAUGCUGCCUUCGAUGUCAAUGGGCAUACGAGGGGCAUCACUGAGGAUCAAUGACCUGUGUCCUGCAUCGCAGAUACGGACCCGUCUGGCCUCAACUGGUAUCAUGCGCUCCUCCUUGCCUGCACCUUCGCUCCGUCCGUGAUGGCGGCUGACAACGAGGAAGAGCUUGCGCUGCUGAGCUCGACGAGCGGAAGUGACGAGCGCUCAUUGACGUCGUUGAAGGCGAAGAGGAAGCCCCCGCGAUCCUACGCCGACCAUCUGCUCAUUGGGGCCUGCAUCUGCGCUACCGUCUCAUCAGUGCUCACCCUCGCACUCUUCGUGCUCCAAACCCGCUCGUCUUCGUACACCGUUUCAAAGCCGAAGGUCCUCCGCCGAAUCAGCCCCUAUGUGAACCAGGAGCGACUGUCAGAGGUCAUUCGCAAGCACAAUAUGACCUUCGACCCGAUUGUCAACGUCUACGCCACGUCCUUCCAGAUGCGAGCAGGCGACCCCACUCGCGCGCUCACUGAAGACACGAGCAGAGAGUGGGCGUCCUACGAGGGCCUUGUCUGGCCGUAUCAUAGGCGCUUCUGGGUCGACGGCCAGACUUCGACCGUGAUGCAGUUUCGCAACCGCGACUUCGGCAUGGAGCGCUGCGUACUGGUACUCUCCGUCCCGCAACAAACGCCAGACCUCAUCCCCAACGUCCGCCUCGCGGAAGGCAGCCCUAUAUCCGUCUGGCUCCUCGACCCCGACGCCCCGGAGCUACACCCCUCGAUAUCGUGGGGCACCGCCCCGCGUCGCUACUGGAAGCUGGCUACGUUCGCUGUGUCGGCAGAGGGGAACCAGACCUCUGAGGAGUCCCUCUGCGCGGGGGACAAGUUCUCGACCUUCGAGUUCGAGUGCGCGGAGGUGGACGGUUGUGAAGUGGACUUUUGGCAGAAUAAGGAGAAGCCAUUCCAAGGCGUGCGUAUGAUCCAGCACCAAUCCAUCUUGUAAUGGUCGCACUCCAUGUGCCAGGUUAACCGAGUCUCGGGCAUUUGUCAGAGUUAUCGCGGCUUUCAUUGUAAUUGCAGAUAUUUUAUGGGUACAUAUAGGUUUACAUCGGAGAUAUAUCGACCACCAAG